CCCAUUUGACUUGGUGGACUUGUGGAGUUUGACCUUUUACCCAAAACCGAGCAGUAGUCAUCUUUUGUCUUCCAGCCUCCGCCCUACAAAUAGCCAGCACAGAACAGUCGUGAAGAUGGUGGUUCUAUCUAAAGAGUACGGAUAUGUGGCGCUAACCGGAGCGGCGUCGUUUCUCCUGAUGGUUCACCUGGCUCAUGGCGUCGUGAAGGCUCGGAAGAAGUACAAUGUCCCGUAUCCCACAAUGUACAGUGAUGAUCCAGAGACUGGCCACAUAUUCAACUGUAUCCAGCGAGGUCAUCAGAACACUAUUGAAAUCCUGUCUCCAUUCCUCUUUCAUUUAUCUGUGGGUGGGAUUCGGCAUCCACGCCUGGCCAGUGUGUUGGGGAUGAUCUGGAUUGUCAGUCGGGUGCUUUACGCUCGAGGAUACUCUACUGGAAAGCCUCAGAAGCGACAUCGGGGGACUUUUGGUAUGGUUGCUCUGGUGGGUCUGUUUCUUUGCACAGUGGACACCGGGAGAGUGAUGCUCGGAUGGGGACCUGGCAUCAAAUGGCCCAGAUGUUUUAAAUAAUUCACAUUAAUUUGAUUCUAUUCCAGUUUUACAUUCUAUUAAAUGCUCAGUAAAAAGCAGUAAUAAUAAAAAGUGCACACAGUGUGUACAUUUUUAAAUAAAUAGCACAAAAGUGCAGGAUCGAAUGUGUCAA